AUGUCGUUUGCAAUGAAGUACUGUUCCAGUCGUUCAAUCCUCUCCAUGCCAGAUCUCACCCCCAACAUAGGCCUCUUCUGGUACUUCUUUGCCGAGAUGUUUGAGCACUUCCGCCUCUUCUUCAUCUGUGUCUUUCAGAUCAACGUGUUCUUCUACACAAUUCCACUCUCCAUCAAGCUAAAGGAGCACCCAGUCUUUCUGAUCUUCAUGCAGAUCGCCAUCAUCUCCAUCUUCAAGUUCUACCCCACCGUGGGCGACAUCGCCCUCUAUAUGGCUUUUCUGCCGGCCUGGAACCACCUCUACAGAUUCCUGAGGAAUAUCUUCCUGGUGCUGGUUGUGUUGUUGGCGUGCUCCGCGCUGUUCCCCGUCCUCUGGCACCUCUGGAUCUACGCGGGUAGUGCCAACUUCUACUAUUCCAUCACACUGCUCUUCAACGUGGCACAGAUCUUGGGGGUGUCGGACUACUUCUACGUGUACCUGCAGCGAGAGCAUCACCUAACCCACGGCCAGUACCUGAGGAGGAAAGACGGUAGCGAGGCCACUCUGGUUCUCAAGUAGUGGACGACACAUACUCAUACACACACACAGGCAGGGAUGGGACCGCUGCAUGACUGAACAUUACCCCACACUUCGAGUUCUUAUUUCUGAGGUCUUAAACAAACAGCCCAACCAACCCCUUGCUCCCACAUAGACCAGCCUUGGUGUUUCUGAAGGUCCCACUGGAGCAAACCUGAAGAAAUGAAGGAAGGAGCAGACAUGGAGGUUAAGUGGCUGCGGUGAAAGAUGUGCUACCUUUUGUCUGUUCUGUUGCUCUGAUGAGUAGGUGAGAUAUAUAUUUUGGCAUGUAGGUGAUUGGGUUGCUGGUCUGGGUUCUUUUGCUUUUUUUGGUCCUACCUCUUUUCUGUAUUUACUUUCUUAUGCCCUUAGGACUCACUGUCACUCACAUUGAAAACAAGCAGAUGAAUUGUGCAGAUGUGAGCCUUUGGGCACUUGGGUGCAUAUGUAAACCAGACAGAUCUGCUCUUUUACCAGCAGAGGGCGUCAGUUGAAUAGGAAAACAACAGUGAUUUGUCAGUCUGUCUAUCAGCCAAUGUGUUUAUUUGGGCACGCAACGGAAAACUUUUAAAAACAUUUUGCGUAAAAAAAUUGGUAUUUAGUAUUUUCCAAGUAGUCCACCUCUGUUUCAGGACGUUGUCUUCUGUUUGGUGCCUAAUGAACACAACCCUUUAAGUUUUGCUUUCCUAAUACACUAAGCACUGUGUCCAACUAUAACUGUCUGUACAACUUGUUGGUAAGUUGCUACUCUUCUCUCAAUGAGUAUCUGAUGACUCCUUCAUUGUCACUAUUUGCAAGAGCAUAGGCAAAAGAUAUUGGGGAUAAGACACCCAUUUACUGGAGUGUGUCUGUCUUCUCUGAGAAAAAUGGAAUCUGAAUGGUACUCUGUACUUAGUGACAAUGAGAUAUGAUCUGGAAUCCUCUGAACUCUCGUGAUGCACUCUGCUUGGUGAAUGUGUUCCGUGUCAACUCGAAUGUUCAUGUAUGCCAUUUUUUUAUACAAAUUAGGGAUUUAUGUGUAUUUAUUUGUAUUUAUAGUAUUUAUUUAUUGCCAGCCCUGAUUUUUGUUCUAAAUUUUUUGCGUCAAUCAUUUGGUAAAUGGAUGAGUAGUUAAGUUGUUUGGUAUGUUUAUGUGUUUUUAUUUUAUUUUUUACAUAAGACCAGGGUGAUUUUGAAACGGAUAAUGUUUUAUUUGCUGAAUGAGUGGCUAUGAAUGAUGGCUACAGUACCGGUUGUAGUUUUUGGGGGGAUACCGAUACAGUGCCUUCAGAAAGUAUUCACAUCCCUUGACUUUUCCCAAAUUGUGUUGUGUUACAGCCUGAAUUUAAGAGUAAUUAAUUGUAGAUUUGUUUUGUCAUUGGCCUACACAUAAUACCCCAUAAUGUCAGUGGAAUUAUGUUUUAUUUUAUUUUUAACAAAUUUAAAAUGGAAAGCUGAAAUGUAUUGAAUCAAUAAAUAUUC